AUGAGUGAUAUCAAUAACGCCACGAUCCAGCUAUCUGAUCGAGCCAAGGAACUGCACAAUGUGAUGAUCACUAAAGGUUCGGGUGCAUUGUUCACCCAGCAAGAGCUGAGUGAGCGCAGUGGACUAGCGUCUCUGAGCGAUCUGAUGUCUAUUGUGCAGGAGCUUCUAGACAAGAACCUGCUGAAGCUUGUCAAGCAGAACAACGAGCUGAAGUUCCAAGCGGUGGACUUCUUCGAAGCGCAGAAGAAGUCGACCAUGUCUGCGGAGGAAGCGCUCGUGUACUCCUACAUCGAGAGCAGCGGCCGUGAAGGUAUAUGGAGCAAGACCAUCAAGGCGCGCACGAACCUGCACCAGCACGUCGUGCUGAAGUGUCUGAAGUCCCUAGAGUCGCAGCGGUACGUGAAGAGUGUGAAGAGUGUCAAGCACCCCACCCGUAAGAUAUACAUGCUGUACCACUUGCAGCCGUCCAUUGAGGUCACCGGUGGUCCGUGGUUUACCGACAGCGAACUGGAUGUGGAGUUCAUCAACAGUCUGCUGACGAUUGUGUGGAGAUUCGUGUCUGAGUGCACGUACCCCGGCGGGUUCUCCAACUUCCAGAACGGUAGCCAAGGCGCACUGUACGCCCCGGGCAUCAAGAACUACUGCAGCCUGGAGGACAUCCUGCAGUUCAUAGAACAGGCGCAGGUUGCCAACGUGCAGCUGAAUCUGGGGGACAUACGUUCGCUGUGCGAGGUUCUAGUGUACGACGACAAGCUUGAGCGGGUAUUGCACGACCACUACCGUGUGACACUGUCCAGCGUGAUGCAGAUGAACCAGGUUGCCAGCGUUUCGCAAGCGGAUGACGCCACGGACAUGUAUGCGGAGUCGGAGUACUCCAUCUUCGACUUCCACACCGUGAUGGCACCAUCAUCAAUGGACAAAGAAGCGGUAUACUUUGAUGAAUGGGUAUUGUGA